AUGUCGUUUUCAGUGCGCGGAAAGAAUGCUGUCGUGACGGGUGCAAGUUCAGGCAUCAAUUUGGCCUUUGCAAAGCUGCUCGCCAGUAACGGGGCAAAUGUCGUUGUCGCCGAUGUCCAGGAGACGCCCGCUUUCAAGGAGUUCCAGCAAGGGACCAAAGCGACCAAGGUCCUCUUUCAAAAGACUGACGUGUCAAACUGGAAGGACUUGGAGAGACUAUUUGCUUUCGCAAAGUCCGAGCUCGGGCCCAUUGACGUGCUAUGUAACGGGGCAGGCAUCUUUGAACCGGACUGGUCGGGCUUUUGGAAGGACACAGAGACCGAAAGUUACAAGUCGUUCGAUAUUAACGUACAAGGUCUUGUGAAGGGAACAAGAAUGGGUAUUCGGGACCAGAUUACCAGAUCCAAAGGCAGGAAAUCCAACGAGACCGUUGGGGUCAUUAUCAACAUCUCCUCGUUGGCCGCUCAAUACGCCCUCUUCAACCAGCCACUAUAUUCCACUUCAAAGGCUGCCGUUUCCGCAUUCACCCGCUCCCUAGGACCUUUACAUCAAGAGUUUGGGAUCAAAGUCGUCGCGGUCGCCCCGGGCAUGGUCAUGACACCGCUGUGGAGCGAGAAUCCGGAGAAAAUGAAGGCCAUUUCGGACGAAGAUGUCUUUGCCACCCCAGAAGAGCUAGCUGAGACUAUGCUCGAGCUCGUGGAGAGUGCCGAGUAUGAAGGAGGUACGGUCUUGGAGAGGAUAAAGUAUAAAACUAGGAGGGUCCUCGUCGACAGCCCGCUACCAUCGGGGCCCGGCUCUACCAUGAGUAAAAUGGAUCUGAUCUAUGACGAUACCAUUGCAUUGUUGGAGGCCGAGCGGAAAGCAGGUGCUGCAAAAUGA